AUGGGAAUGGGAAUGAGGCCUGGAAAUCAAGGACCACCUCCACCAGACGAUACCAUCAAAGGAAGUGUAGGAGAAAAUGGUUAUAUUGGUAAUGUUGGAGGAUAUUCAAACGGAUGGAACAAUAUGGGACCAGAACCGAUGCCUGGAACAAACCAAAAUACUAUGAAUGGAAACUGGAAUGGUGAAGGAAAUAAUGAAAACAACAAUGACAACAAGGAAAUUGUUGGAAGUGUCGGCGUAGAAGAGCCUACUACAAGAAGACCUAUUUCUGGUGAUAACAACAAUAUGAAUGGAUACAAUGGUGGAUAUGGAAUGGAAAAUAAUUUUGGAAUUGAAAUGAAUAACAAUAAUUGGGGUCCUAAUCCAUGGGGUGCUGCACUCAAGUGA